CCUUCAGGGGGGUGGGGGGGCCUGCUGGGUUUUAGAUUGAGCUGGAAUCAUGAUGGAAUGGUUGAAGUCACCGUGCAAACAUCUGAUGUCGAUGAAAAUCAGGGCGUAUGUGAAGGACUACUGCAAGAGGAAUGGUCUGCUGACACUGUCUGUCUUCGCUGUGGUGACCGGCUGUGUGCUGGGAUUUUUACUCCGAUCAUUCAACCUCUCCACACAGGCCAAAAUCUACUUCUCCUUCCCUGGAGAACUGCUGAUGAGGAUGUUAAAGAUGUUAAUUCUGCCACUCAUCACCUCCAGUCUUAUGUCUGGCCUGUCCGCUAUGGACACGAAAGCAAGCGGCCGGCUGGGAGUCCUGACCAUCACCUACUACCUAUGGACCACCUUCAUCGCCGUCAUCGUCGGCAUCGUGCUGGUGCUCAUCAUUCACCCAGGCACGGGCUCAGAGAAAGACGGUCACCAUGCCAGUUCUGGGCCUGUUAUGACCUCCGCUGACGCUCUGCUGGACCUCAUCAGAAACAUGAUCCCAUCAAAUCUAAUUGAAGCCACUUUUCAGCAGUACCGGACAGACCUGGUACCGAUUGUGCAGAACGGCAACGUAAAAGAGUCCCAGGCCAACUAUGUGUACGUCAUGCCCGACUACCACAACCCUCGCUUGGGCCACCCGGUGUUUCUGGAGAUCACCCCUGCACCCGACAUCAAGUACAAAAUCGUCCCCAGCACGAGCAAAGGCAUGAACGUACUGGGCAUCGUCAUCUUCUCGGCCACCAUGGGCCUGCUGCUGGGUAAGAUGGGAGAACGUGGAGCUCCUUUGGUCAACGUGUGUCAGUGCAUCAACGAGUGCGUUAUGAAGAUCAUUAACGCUGCGAUGUGGUACUUUCCCUUUGGCAUCGUGUUCCUGGUGGCUGGGAAGAUCCUGGACAUGCACGACCCCGCCCAUCUGGGGGAGAAGCUGGGGAUGUACUUCAUCACUGUGCUGUCGGGGCUGUUUGUUCACGGCCUCAUCCUGCUGCCUCUCUUCUACUUCAUCUUCACUCGCAAAAACCCCUUCCCCUAUAUCAGAGGGCUGCUGCAGGCUCUUGUCAUUGCACUGGCUACUUCUUCUAGGUAGGAGAAGGCAGAUGUUUCAGUUUGUAGAUGUAGCCCAGUUUGUGUAGAAUAUCCAACUAGUUUAAAUACAUAUGCUUUGGACUUAAGCCUGUUGAUUGACCUCCUUUCAUAUCCUUGGUGCUCUUUCUGCAGCUCAGCCACGCUGCCCAUCACCAUGAAGUGUCUCCUGGAGAACUGUGGAGUCAAUCGGCAGAUUGCUCGCUUCGUGCUGCCAGUGGGAGCGACCAUCAACAUGGACGGGACAGCCCUGUACGAGGCCGUGGCGGCCAUCUUUAUCGCUCAGGUCAACGAGUACGACUUGGACUUUGGCCAACUAGUCACUAUCAGCAUAACAGCAACAGCAGCCAGCAUCGGAGCAGCUGGGAUUCCUCAAGCAGGUUUGGUUACCAUGGUGAUUGUCCUGACCUCUGUGGGGUUACCGCCUGCUGACAUCUCCCUGAUUGUUGCCAUCGACUGGGUUCUUGAUCGCUUCCGGACCAUGAUCAAUGUUCUCGGUGACGCCUUAGCUGCUGGGAUUAUGGCUCAUUUAUGCAAAAAAGACUUUGAGAAAACAACCACAGCCGCCACCGCUGCAGCUACUACUCCUAUAGCCAAUAAUGGAGGAGGCCCCCAAAGGAGAGACACAGUAAUCUCCUUUGGCAAUCAGAGCGUGGCGCUCUCGGACGCCCCUCUGAUCGCUCAUCGCUGCGAUUACGUGUUCGAGGUGGACGGAGACAACGUGCUGGAGAAAGCUGUGCCCUGCUACAACCUCUGCCAAGUCUGAGAUUCCAUUACAUGCUGGACAUGAAGGGAUACUGCCUUCUACCGCACAUUGAUUCACAUCUAAAGGCACAACUUGAGGCUCUGAAAGUUCAGCGGGGCUGAUGUAUGGUUUCUGUCUGAAGAAAGAGUAAAUAGUGGUGUCAGGGACGAGCAGCUCACAUGUAUUUUGCCUGUGCCAUGCAGAAAACAGAAACCUACUUGAUACUGUAUGUCUCCACUCAGUUUUGACUGGAUGACGGUGGAUGCAAUGAAAUGCAGUGAGUUUCACAAGUAACCUAAAUCUAAAAGCACACGCUAGUGUCUCAUUGCACGUGCACACUUGGUGAUGUGUUGCAGCAGCAUGCAUUAGAUGGAGAUUAGUGUUUAACGGUCCUAAUGAAGUUUGCUGGCAGGUUUGACCUCAGUCAAGGUUUUAAAUUGCCUUAACAAGAUCUCAGUUUUGACAAUAAUGCUGAGAAAAUGACAGACUUGAAAGACAGACAAGGAGCAAAAGAAUAGUAGCUUUAUGUUAGACAAGGUCUCUAUGGAUAUAUAUUAAGGUGACAUUAACAAACACACUGACAUACUCCAAUCAUACAGAAAUCCCAUUAAGACGAUCAUUCAUGUUUUUAUACCUACGCUUUUAAUUUUGUGUUGAUGUUUUGUAAUAAAAAUCUGCUUCACUACAGUCA